AGGCCACUUGUACGCUGUGCUCCUCAGAAACUAUGUGAGUUUAAAGGACCAUCAGCAAAGCCAUGGAGGUGUGGAUGACUUGGCUGCUUUCUGUGUGGCUGAUGAGCGGGGCAUUAGGAAACACUGUCCUUCUCCACAAAACGAACGACCAGGAUGGGAGAUGCAUUUAUUCUUUCAGCGUUCCCAGCACAAAUGAAGCCAGCUGUGCUGACCAAAGUGAAGCAGUGACAGCACUCCAGCAGGAAAGCCAAGCCCAGCGUUUAGAGCUGGAGUCUGCUAGAGCAAGGCUUACCCUCCUGGAGAACCUGGUCAAUCAGCUUUAUGGAAGCCAAACUGCAAGGAGUAACUCUUUUUCCAUGGCGAGCUUACUUCAAAGAGAGGUGGAAGGCUUGAAGAAGGAACAAGCCCAAAGGAAUGCUCAGGUCCGCAGGCUGGAAUCCACCAUCAGCAACCUCCUUCAAGACAAGGCUGGGUUAGAAGAAGACAAGAAGUGGCUGAAGGAGGAGAAGGAUGAACUGGGAAGGAAGCUGGAGGUAGCUCUGCUGAGAGCAAGCCAUUGUCCUGAAACUGGAGAGGAGGACAGCAGGGACGCUCUUCAAGGUUCUCAAGGAGGAUCUAAGUGGAACACAGAAAAUUUAAGCUACCAAGAGGUCAGAUCAGAAUUGAUGGAAGUUUCUGCACCCCAUCUCUUCCAGGAAAACUCAGCACCCAGCCACCCUGAUGCAAAUGUUGGGGAACCAGGCUGUGGAACACUUGUAUGGGUUGGUGAUCCAGUGACCUUGCGCAAGGCAGAAACCAUUGCUGGCAAAUAUGGUGUGUGGAUGAGGGACCCACAACCGGUGCCUCCGUAUACCCUCAAUACAACUUGGAGAGUUGACACUGUUGGUGUGGAUGUCCGUCAGGUGUUUGAAUAUGAGGAUGCAGACCAAUUUAUUAAAGGCUACCCUUCCAAAGUGCAUAUAUUGCCCCAAUCUAUGGAAAGCACAGGUGCUGUGGCUUAUCGGGGUUCACUCUAUUUUCAGAGGCGCAGGUCCAGAAUAUUAGUGAAGUAUGACCUAAAGACUGAAGCCAUUACAAUCCAGAAGGAACUGCCCAAUGCUGGCUACCAUGGACAGUUUCCCUACUCAUGGGGUGGCUAUACAGACAUUGACCUAGCCAUUGACGAGGUGGGGUUAUGGGUGAUCUACAGCACUGAAGACGCCAAGGGUGCCAUUGUGCUUUCCCGGCUGGAUCCAGAAACGUUAGAAAUUGAACAGACAUGGGAGACAAACAUCCGCAAGCAGUCUGUGGCCAACUCCUUCAUGAUCUGUGGCUCCUUGUAUACCAUUAGCAGCUACUCAUCCCCUGAGGCCACAGUGAAUUUCAUCUAUGGCACCAGCACAGGAACCAGUGCACCACUGAACAUCCGUUUUGAGAACCGCUACAGAUAUAGCAGCAUGGUGGAUUACAACCCCACAGAGAAGAAACUGUUUGCUUGGGACAACUUCAACAUGGUUGCCUAUGAUAUCAAGCUUUCCAAACUGUGAUUUGCUUUGAGAGGGUGGAAGUGGGAAGAUGUAGUGUGCCAGGAAGAUUAACACAAGGCACGGUGUUGCCUGGGGCAGAAAAUCUGCAUGGCCAAUUUCCCUCCUAUUGACUGAAAACAGCGGGCACAAACAUCUCCCCAUGAAACCGCGGCUCUGGAAUAAACAGGAAUUAUGUAAUGAUGCCACUCUGGAGCUAUUACCUUCUUGCACAAUUUUCAAUGUGGUUUGCAUAAAACAACUCUCUGUGGACUGUCCCUUCCCUAUUUCAGUUUGUUUCCAAAUGGAAGUUUGUUUCUGCAUACCAUACACUGCUAACUAGGGAUGCUACAAAUGAAACACAAAGGAACUCCUGACAUCCAUUCAGCAGACUCUUCUCCUUUUGAACAAAUUCUUCUGGGCUCUCAGCCUCUGAGCAGAGAAUUCAAGACUAGUCCUAAGGGUGCAGUCACAUGUGCCAAAAGAACCCCAGUUAUAUCGCUUCUGUCAUUUUAAAACUUGUUUUAGAAAUUUCCGUUUGCAUGAUGCAUGGACAGCACUGAUUCAUUUGGCCAGCCAAUCAGUUUGUUUCCCAC